AAAAAAGAAUAAGUAAAAUGAUGAAAAAUUAUUACAUAAAGAAGUAAUAAGUAAUAAAACAACAUGAUUUAUUACCUUUCUACCGAUAAUAAGUAACAAACGUUUAUUACUUUUACCGGAUAAUGUAAUAAUUGGUAAAAGUAAAGUAGCACCCCUAAGUCUUAUAUCAAUAAAUACCUUCUUUUCCACUACAUCAUCACUGGAUAUUGCACUGAUAUUUGCCGGUGGAUCGUCGUUGGAACGGAUAACGACAAAUAAACCGAUUAUUUUUAGUAUUGAAGUUAAUUCAUUUAUUGAAAAUACUCGCCCGUAUGCGAAUGUUAAUUUUUAUUCAGCGUAUGAAGAAGAAGAUGAAGUAUUAUUGGCAUUAGGAUCGAUAUUUAAGGUGGAAAAAAUCGAUUUCUUAUCUGUUAAUGAUAAUGUUCAAGUGAUACAUUUAAAAAUGAUUGAUGAAAAUGACUUACCACAAGAAAAUCUUUCAAAUGAUUUAUCUCAAUUAUUUUGCCGAACAAGCUAUUUUAGAUCCGAUCUAUGUUUUGGUGGGUUUAAAUGA